ACACAGAGUGAACAGAUGAAACAUUUCUGAGCAGUGAGGGACUGAAGCUGAUAGUUUUUAUUAUUAUCAUUAUUAUUAUUAUUAUUAUUAAUAUUUACAGUUUUAGUGCUGAUCCAGAAGAUCUAUCAUGAAGACUUUACUCGCUGCUUACUCCGGUGUUAAAAAGGGUUCUGGUUCCCGGUUCCUCUCGGCUCUGCAGGGUCUCCCCUCGGCCCCGUGGCUCUCCAGAUCUAAACUGGUGAAGCAGUUACAGGCCAUCUCAGUGCUGCAGUUCGUCCUCACCUUCCUCGCUCUGGGCAUUGCUUCGACGGUGCUGCUGGCUUACCUGUUUUGCACAGACUGCUGGGUAAUCUCUGCCAUCUACACCGCCUGGCUCAUCGUGGACUGGAACACACCCAAACGAGGUGGACGCAGGUCAGCGUGGGUCAGGAGCUGGACCGUCUGGACCUACUUUAAAGAUUAUUUUCCCAUCAGACUCAUCAAGACCCAUAAUUUACCCCCCAACCGGAACUACAUUUUUGGCUACCACCCCCACGGCAUCUUCUGCUUCGGUGCUUUCUGUAACUUCUCCACCGAGGCGACGGGAUUCUCCAAGAAGUUUCCCGGGAUCAAGCCGUCCCUCGCCACGCUGGCCGGAAAUUUCCGUUUACCACUGCUGAGGGACUAUUUAAUGUCUGGAGGUAUUUGCCCGGUGAAUCGUAACUCUAUAGACUAUCUGCUGUCUCAUAACGGGACGGGGAACGCCGUGGUGAUCGUGGUCGGAGGAGCCGCCGAAUCUCUGGACUGCGCACCGGGAAUGAACUCUGUAACUCUGAGGAACCGCAAAGGAUUCAUCAAGCUCGCCCUGCAGAAAGGAGCUGACCUGGUCCCCGUGUACUCGUUCGGGGAGAACGAGGUGUAUAAGCAGGUGAUAUUUGAGGACGGGACUUGGGGCAGGAUGGUACAGAAGAGGCUUCAGAAGGUUUUUGGUUUUGCUCCCUGUAUCUUUCACGGCUGUGGGUUUUUCUUCAGUGAGUCGUGGGGCUUCGUCCCGUACGGAAAACCCAUCAACACCGUCGUUGGUGAACCCAUCACGGUGCCAAAGAUGGAGGAUCCAAGUCCGGAUGUGGUGGACAUGUACCACACCAUGUACAUCAACUCUCUCACCAAACUCUUUAACAACCACAAGACCAGAUUCGGCUUCAGGGAGACCGACACGCUGCUCAUUCAGUGAGAACCGACCAAUCAGGAACGGAAAAAAACCCCGAAACUGAACUAAAGGGCCCGAUCAGGAACGCUCGGACACCGGUGCUUUAAAAUAACUCAUAGUGCACGCUUUCUUAAAAAACAGAAACACGAAAAACACAGACACAUAUUUGAAAGAUGCAAUACAAGGUAGGGAUUGUUGCCACACGGUGGCGCUACACUGUACAAUAUCAGUUGUUAAGUAAACCUGUACUGGAAUGCAGACCAGGAUGUAGAUGAUCAGUAGAGUCUUUAUGGUGGUAUGAGGAUCCUGUUUGUUUAUUGAUCUGAUUAAUGAAGGUGCAUCUUAUUGUGGGUCUCAGAUUAGCAAACCAAGCCACGCCCCCAGAGUGCCACGCCCCCACGCUGCCAGAACUAGUGCUAUCAAAAUUGGAAGAUUCGGUGAGCGGUUUAAUGCCCAGCUGAUGGUUCUGCUGCAAUGAUGUUCAGCAGUGAUGCAAAAAUGUCUGAAUCUGGUUUCUUAACCUGUAUAAGUAAAUAAUUCAGUUUCAGGGCGUGGUGUGUGGGCGUGGUGUGUGGGCGUGGCCAUGUGAACAUAAGCCGUCUAAGCACCUGAAUGCUUGCAGUUAAAAUGAAUGAAUUUUAAAUAACGACACAAAAUCAUAUGAGGAUAAAAGAUCAGUAAUAUUUGACUCCUCUUGAUUAAUCAGAUUCUUUGAUCUCAAGUUAUUUUUAUUGUUUUUAUAUUAUAUUUGGUAUUUGCACAAGCAAUGCAACAUUAGACACACACACAAUGCGGUGACCACAGAUACACACUAUACGGCCAAAGGUAUGUGCAGUAAUGGUUCAGUAUUUGUUUUUAUUAGAGCAGAUUUGACUCAGAAAUAAGCAGCGUUAGAAGGAAAUAAUGAGCAGAAACAUGAUGAUGUGUGUUCUGUACGCUGUAAUUAUUAUAAUGAUUAUAUCUGUGAUUUAUGGUCGGCGGCUGGUUUAUAAGUGAAAGUGCAAUAAAUGUUUAUGAUUCUUUACAUGCAACUUUUAUAGGAAGCUUUUUGUGAAUAAACUCUAAAUAAAA